UCAUGCUUCCAUUCCGUGCCGAGUACUGAAGAAAUCAUCAGUUAAUCAUAAUCUUUUCGAAUGUGUUGCAGGAGGAGAUUUCAAGCCUGUUUAGUGCUCAAAUGUUUGAGUUUUGCGACCCCGAAUUGUUUACAGAAACACUGCAGAACUCUGAAGUCACUUCUUCUUCAAAUUGUGGUUAUGAUCUUGAGAGUUCUUCUUACACUGCCUCUCUGUCUCAACCACCUGACCUUGAGAGGUUCAAUGGCUACCAAGAGAAUAACAAUGGUUAUACUAAUACAACCACAACUAGUACCACCACCACCACCACCACCACCACUUCGACUGCUACUGUUAAUACUAUUAACAGCAACAACAACAACAACACCAAUCUGUCCAUAAUUUUUGAUUCCCAAGACGACAUCGACAACGAUAUCUCUGCUUCCAUAGAUUUCUCUCCUUCACCUACAUUUACUGUCCCUCAGUUUCUCACUAAUCAACAAGAACAACUUGAUUUAACAUCAUUGCAGCACCAAAUUCAAUUAUCAGAUGUUGUUGAUGGCAUCUCUCAGUACCCUGCAGACCCGGUUUCGGGUCUCAUGGGGCCUCCAUUGCCAGCAGUUUUUGAAGAGGAUUGUUUGUCUUCAGUUCCCUCUUAUGUGCCUCUUAACACUCCAUCUCCCUCUUGUUCUUUUCUUGGUCCUGCAAUGGGUGCAUACAUGGCUUCUGCGUCAAUGACUGCUGCAUUAUCUGCUGAAAAUCCCGGGUUCUUCGCUGGAAGUAGCUUCGUGGGUUGCCCUGAAUUGCAACCACAGGACCUUGAAUUUCAAGGUGAUAAUGGUGGAAUUUUUUGCCCUGAUUCGAUUCAAUGCGUGUUCGCCCCUGGAGACUUGCAGGCACUUAGCGGGGAGAGCACACAGUUGGUUGGUGGGGUUGGGAGUUCUACUCCAUUAGCAACAGAAAUCUCAAGCUUGGAAGAUUCAGCUUUCAAGGUGGGGAAACUCUCAGUUGAACAGAGGAAGGAGAAGAUUCAUAGGUACAUGAAGAAAAGGAAUGAAAGGAAUUUCAGCAAGAAAAUUAAGUAUGCCUGUCGAAAGACGCUGGCGGAUAGUCGACCUAGAGUGAGAGGAAGAUUUGCUAAGAACGACGAAUUCGGAGAGCCCCAUAGGAACCCUGAAGAAGAAGAUGAUGAUGAAGUGGGUGUGAAAGAAGAGGAUGAAAUGGUUGAUUCUUCAGACAUAUUUGCUCACAUCAGUGGUGUGAAUUCCUUCAAAUGCAACUAUCCUUUGCAGUCCUGGAUUGGAUGAGUAGCUGCCUUCAUCAGAUUAAUUAAUUAAUUAACUAAGUAAACAUGGUCUACCUACAAUUUUGGGAUGACCCUUUCUCUCAGUCAGAACUUGUAUAUGUAUCUGGGUCUGAUAGAGAUCAAGAAAUGAAUAAUUGGGUCAUGAUUAUAAAAUAAAUUCAGUCAGAUUACAAUGUAAUUUUUGUAGGUAUAUGUAUGUUACAUGAC